GUCUUUUGAACCACAUUCAAGGCAAUUAGAGACAGGGAUUAAACAAAGACCCCACACCAGCAUCCUCAGCAGCAAGAGGGAUUAUCUCGGUCAGCUGGGGGAUGAAGUGAGGCCAGGUUGUCCCAUGACAGAGAUCUCCCUGCUCUGCUCCCUCAGUGGAGGAGCAGAGUCUACAGCAAUCCCUCAUGGGUGCUCUGAGGUGGCUUUUCUGGGCUGGGCUGGGCUACCUGAGCUGCUGCUGUCCCCCCCAGGUGCAGGCACAGUUCCCCCGUGUCUGCAUGACAGCGGAUGCCCUUCGCUUGAAGCGCUGCUGCCCAGCUUUGGGAAAAGAUCCAGGAAACAUCUGUGGGUCCCUGGAGGGCAGGGGACAGUGUCAGGGGGUGCAGGUGGACACUAAGCCCUGGAGUGGCCCCUACACACUUCAUAAUGUUGAUGACCGUGAACGGUGGCCCCUCAAGUUCUUCAACCAGAGUUGUCGGUGCACAGGAAACUUUGCUGGCUACAACUGUGGUGACUGCAAGUUUGGCUGGAUUGGCCCAGAUUGCAACGUGAGGAAGCCACCUGUUGUCAGGAAGGAUGUCCACUCCCUGACAGCAGAGGAGAGAGAGCAGUUCUUUGAUGCUUUAGACCGUGCAAAGACCACCAUUCACCCAGACUAUGUCAUUGCAACACAGCACUGGAGAAGCCUGCUUGGUCCCACUGGAAAGGAACCACAAAUUGCCAACUGUAGCAUUUAUAACUACUUUGUUUGGCUUCAUUACUACUCAGUCAGAGACACACUUUUAGGACCUGGCCGCCCCUUCAGAGAUAUUGAUUUCUCCCAUCAAGGACCUGCCUUUGUUUCUUGGCACAGGUACCAUUUGCUGUUGCUGGAGAGAGACCUGCAGCAACUGAUGGGCAACGAGUCCUUUGCACUGCCCUACUGGAACUUUGCCACAGGUAGAAACGAGUGUGAUGUCUGCACGGACCAGCUCUUUGGAGCAUCACGGCUGGAUGACUCAGGGCUGAUCAGCCCAAGCUCCAGGUUCUCCCGGUGGCAAAUAGUUUGUAACAGCUUGGAUGAGUACAACCGUCUGGUGACAUUGUGCAAUGGGAGUGGCGAGGGGCCCCUGCGGCGGAGGCCACCUGAGGGCUCCGGCGAGCAUCUGCCCACCGUGGAGGACGUCAGGAGGUGCCUUUCCCUGCAGAAAUUUGACAGCUCCCCCUUUUUCCGCAAUUCCAGUUCCAGCUUCAGGAAUGCGCUGGAGGGCUUCAAUAAACCAGGUGCAACCCUGAACUCGACAACGCCGAUGAUGAGCCUGCAUAAUUUGGCUCACUCCUUCCUGAAUGGGACCAGUGUUCUUCCUCACGCUGCUGCCAAUGAUCCCAUCUUUGUGGUUCUUCACUCCUUCACUGAUGCCAUCUUUGAUGAGUGGAUGAAGAGGUUUAACCCCCCUGGCAGUGCCUGGCCUGAGGAGCUGGCCCCCAUUGGCCACAACAGGCUGUACAACAUGGUCCCUUUUUUCCCUCCUGUGACCAACAAUGAGCUCUUCCAAACCGCGGAGCAGCUUGGCUACACCUAUGCCAUUGACCUCCCAGGUUCCCUUGAAGAAAGCAAAGCGUGGGCUGUCAUGGCUGGAUCCACAAUUGGAGGAGGGCUCACAGCUCUGGUUGUGCUUGCUCUGCUGUUUGUGCUUUUCCAGCACCGAAGGCAGAGAAGAGGUUUUGAACCACUGAUGAACAUGAGCUUCAGCCCCCAAAAGUACAUGGGAGAGGCCUAGUGCCCUCAUUUUGUUUCUUUGCUGUAGGAAGUAACCUUGAUUGCCUUAUCGAGCUUUUAGCUGAGAGUUUAUCACACACUUCUUUGGCAG